UAAAAAUAAAUAAAAUACUACCAACACAUAGCUUUAUUUGAUAUGCUCGUGUAUUAAAUGGAGUAUAUAAAAAAGGUGAAACCAAUCAAUACAAAAACCAAGAAAAGGCGGAAAUAUAUAUGCAGCUAUGGUGCCGGAGAGAUGACUCACCGCCGCCUGAAACUAGCCCACGUCAGCAUCCGGUGGAGGGUACGGCAGUUUUUGAACUUGGUUUGUGAUAGAAUUCUUGUAUGCUCGCUUAGGAUGCCUUAUCCUCGCUACACAAGAUUAUCCGUGGAUUCCGGAGGCGGAGGGCGACAACACGCGGCGGCGGCGGUGGCGGCUACGACAUCGCGUAGCGGCUGCUGUGAGAGCGACUCCGAUUUGGUGUCGUUGAAGAUCACUAUGCUGGGUGAUCCCGAGAUUGGGAAAACAACCUUUCUGGUGAAGUAUGUGGGAGAUGAAGAAGGGUUGGAGAUGAAAGAGGUGAAUGUGAAUGUGAUGGAUAAAACUAUGUGCAUUCAAGGUGCAACCAUUGUUCUCACAAUAUGGGAUGUUGGAGGUGAGAAAAGGUCAUUUGAUCAAGUUCCAAUUGCCUGCAAAAAUGCAGCAGCAAUUUUAUUUAUGUUUGAUCUCACCAGCCGACGUACACUCAACAGCGUAAUUGGAUGGUACAGUGAGGCAAGAAAGUGGAAUCAGACGGCUGUACCAAUAAUAAUAGGGACCAAAUUUGACGAUUUCAUGCAGCUACCACUUGAUAUUCAAUGGACUGUCGUCACGCAGGCUCGAAGAUAUGCAAAGGCAAUAAAUGCAGCCCUAUUCUUUUCAAGUGCAAAAUAUAAUAUAAAUGUGAACAAGAUGUUCAAGUUUAUUAUGGCAAAGAUAUUUAACUUGCCUUGGACUCUUCACAGAAAUUUGACCAUUGGUGAACCCAUCAUUGACUUCUAAUUCUGUAAGUACUAUUUUUUCAAUUGCAACAUCAAGUUAAGACAAGAUAA